GGUGGUGCUAGUCAGCCCCGCCCCCCGGCGGGACGCGCAGGGAAGGAAGGAGGCCGGGCGAGUAGGCCCUUGUUGAGGUCGGACUCGUGAGGCGGGAAAGCGCCUAAGACGCUGCGGGGACGGGGCUCGGCCUUGGUUACCGGCCUUAGAGCCUACGGUCAUAACCCUCGGAAGGAAGGUGGACAGAAAAAUGUGACUCACCAAGAAAAUGAAACCAAAUGCUAUGAGGAUUAGCAACAAAAGACAAGUUACAACAGGUGGAACGCAAGGAAAAACAGAAAAAAAUAAACCUUCUCUGAAAACUUUGAGAAAAGAUACCACAAAGACAGAGAAAUCGAAAUAUAAGCCACUUACUGGGAAGGUGUUUUAUCUUGAUAUUCCCUCUAAUGUGAUCUCUGAAAAAUUAGAGAAGGAUCUUAAGGAACUAGGAGGGAGAGUGGAGGGAUUUCUUAGCAAAGAUAUCAGCUAUCUGAUUUCUAAUAAAAAGGAAGCAAAAUUUGCUCAAGUUCUUGGACAAAUUUCUCCAGUCCCAAGCCCAGGCUCUGCACAUACGGGCGGAAAUAGUUCACCUCAUCCCAGUAGCAGAAGAGAUCGACAUGAUGGAAAUUCAUUUAAGAUGGUGGAUACAGUACGUUUGAGUAGAGGAAAAUCUUUAGUUGAAAAAGCUAUCAAAGAACAGGAAUUAAUCCCUUCAGGUACUAUACUAUCCAAUGCCUUGAGUUGGGGAGUAAAAAUACUUCAUGUUGAUGAUAUUAAAAAUUAUCUUGAGCAAAAGAAAAAGGAGCUCUGCCUGAUCAAGAAAGCAAGCAUUUCAGUCAAAGAUGUGGGGAAACGAUGUGGUGGUCAGAAAUCAAAAAGUCGACUGAAAAAUCCAUUUGUGAAAGUGGAAGACAGAAGCUGCCGUUACAGACCAUUUUAUCUACAAUUAUCCAGCUUUCCUGUUCUCAACUAUUCUGCUCCAAAACCUUAUAGUCCAUUUGAUAUAGAUAAGAAGAAUGCUAGUGGCCAAAAGCAAACUCAGUCUAAACAAAGAAACAAAACAAAUAGUGACCAAGACUGUGGUGGUCCAGUUCAACUUCCUCUAAAGGAUAAGAAAAAGAAAGGGUAUUGUGAAUGUUGUAUGAGGAAAUAUGAAGAUCUGCAAACUCAUCUUGAAAGUGAACCACACCAAAACUUUGCACAGAGCACCCAAUAUCAAGUUGUGGAUGAUAUAAUAUCCAAGUUUGUUUAUGACUUUGUAGACUACAGAGAUGAUACACAAAAAAUGAAAAGGACAAAAUGUAUUAUGGGAUACUUUUCUCCUGUUAUUGGAAACAUAACUAAAACGGAUGAGCUGAAAGAACAACUAAAAAGACAACACAUUUCAUUCAAGUGUUAUUCUUGGAAAGAUUCUAAAGUGCAGGAACUAAAACAGGACCAUCAACACACAAAAGUAUCCCAGAGUUUGGUACAAAAACUUAACUCCAUUUCUGAACCUGUAUGUUCUAUUCUUCCUUGUCAUCCAUCAUUUCCUUCCAAAGUAGUAAGUAAAUUCAAAAGUAAUGCUGAAAAUGGUAAAAUAGAAGAUUCCUGUGCUUUAAAUCUAAAAGAGACUGGUUUAUCACCAAACUUCAUACAGCUACCUCCCCAGAAAGACAACAAAACAUACCUUGAGAACUUAUCUGAAUUUUAUGGGCAUUCUAGUAAUGAAGUAUUUGAACCUGAAGUAACUUUAAAUAGAAAGAAUUUGCAAGGAGUGCAAACAAAGUUAUAUACUCAUGGUCUAGUCACUGAUAGUAGUGAAAAAGACAAAAAUACCUCACAGCCAAAACGAAAAUUAAAUAAUCCAUUUGUUCUACCAGCAAAAUAUUUGAAGAAAACAGAUGCCAAUUCAGCAUUUACCAAAAAACAGUUAGAUUUUGGUGUGGAUAAUGAUCCACAGAGAGAGCAUCAUAUAGUUCUGAAGACUGAGACGCUAUCACAUUGUCUUUCUACAAGCAAAGCAACUAGUGAAUGUGCUAUCGAUAGUGGACCCAGCUCACCUUCUAGAAAGCUGCACAGAAAAGUAAAACUUUCCUCAGGAAAAAAUAAAAGAGGAAACCGGAGACAGAAUAUGGAGUUAUGUGUAAAGCAAACUGAUGAUUUAUCUGUUACUGAAGAAAAGAAAAAUGCAUGUUGCUCCCCAAUGCAGACUCUGGUGGAAUUAUUUCAGACAAGUGAAGUAAAUUCAGAUUUUGGGGGUUUUACAAGUUAUCCUGAGAAAAAAGAUUCAAGUUGCCUGAAAGAUAUUUGGGAAGGACAAAAUGCAAAUUCUCUGUGGUCAUUAUUUUCUUCUUCCUCUUCAACCCCAUUUAUCGGAUUUUAAUGCUGCUUUAUUUAAAACAAUGACUUCUGAAUAAAUUUGCAAACUGAUGAGGAUUUUAUUCAUGGAAAUGAAUUCUUGUAUUGUAAAUUAUGUGUUCAAGUUUUGGUAUAUCAAAUAUACAUGCAAAAACAUGUGUAAAUCUGAAGAAUAAAGAUAAUCCUGGUGUGCUUUUCUUUAAAAAAACCACUUUUUAUCACAGCUGAUAAAUAGGUUAUGGCCUAAAAUACAAUGUGUUUAACUCCAGCUUCUAGCCAAGAUAUAUAUACAUCAUGUAGCUUAUUGUGAAUUUCAGACAAUAAAAAAACCAAUUUAUUUGUGUGUAUAUACACACAGUAUAUUUUAUUUUUAACAAAGUAGUUGGUUUCUGAUUGACUGAAGUUCUUGUUAAGUUGGAGUUGGUUUUUCUCUCCUCAGUAAAUAGUCAUCCAUCAGUCUUACUAGCUGGCAUAGAUUAGAAGGAGUAUGGUUCUAGGGUUGAAGUACAGAAUUGGCAGUCAGAAGGUCUGUUUUUAAUUCUUGACUCCGCUACGGACUUUGACCUUGCACAAGCUCUGUCUGUUUUUAUAUCUAUAAAAUGGAUAUAAUGCAGCAGUGCUUAUUUACAGCUUCAACAGGGAUUAUUGCAAGGAUUAAUUAAUUAAUAUGUCUGCCUCUUGAGCCUUCAUGCAUGUGCCUAUGCUAUGUUUUUCUUAGCCUUUUAGCUUGCCAUCAUUUAAGAUUCCGGGAAUGGAACUGUAAAGAGAAAUUUACUUCGACACAUAUAUUUGUUUUAUUCCUAUUGUGGUACAUGUUUUACUUCAGUCUUCACUAAAAAUGUUAACAGUGACCAGAUACCCAACACAAUUAAUAUAAACAACAACUGGGAAGAAAUGCAAGCCAAAAUAGGGAAGAAACAGGUUAAAGAAUAUUUAAAUAAGUUGGAUAUAUUUAAGGCAGCAGGGCCUCAUGAAAUUUAUCCCAGAUAUGUAAGUACUAGUUAAAGCAAUCACAGAAUCUUUAGCAAUUAUCUUCGAGAACUCAUGGGGGACAGGUGUGGUCCCAGAGGACUGGAGAAGGGCAAACAUAGUACUUAUCAUUAAAAAGGGGAACAAAGAGGACCAGGAAAUUCAGCCUAACUUCUAUAUCCGAAAAGAUACUGGAACAAAUUAUUCUUUUUCUGUGGUGUCCCUAUGCAUGCUCCGCUUCACGUAUGCAUGCGUUUCUUGAGCCUUUGAUCAGAUAUUUUCCAUUAGCAGUUUCUGUUCGGCCUGCACACAUGCUCUACACAACUUCAUCCCUUGCUCUGAGGGUAUACAGGGCUGUACAGGCGAACCAGUCUCCGUUCCUUCUCUUCUGCCUUGGCCUGAGACAGACCUCUAGCAUGUCUGCCUCAUGCCUGCCUCAGCAUGUUUUGUAAUUGUUUAUUAGUUAGUAUAGUGCUGUGUUGUUUGGUGUUAGUAUAGAAUUAGAUAGUUGUCAGAGAUUUCAGUUUUUUUUCUUCCCCAUUUUUCUGGGGAGCUUAUUUGGCCUUCUGAUGGGGUGGACUAGGCCAUGAGGCUACUGCUGGGGGCCUCAAGGCCCUGCCUCACUCUGCCCCAGAAAAGGGCAGUAGAGAGGUCCUCCAACCUGCCUAAAGCGACUGUGUGUGGGAAGCAGCCAAUCAGGGCCCAGCGGGGCAGUAUAAAAAGAGUUGCAGAGCCAGAGCGAUUGCAGUUCCUUGCAAGAGCUGGAGGAGAGUGGAUGGUGCUCCAGGCUAGCUGCUGGGACUCCACAAGGACAAGACCCUGAAGUAAGGGUGAAGAAUGUGCGGGAGCCACGAGGAAGUGGCCCAGGGAAUUAGAGCAGCAGCGCAACUUAGCAGCUGUCACUGUAUCUCUUUAUCUAUCUACAGGGUCCCUGGUCUGGGAGUAGUGGGCGGGCCUGGAUCCUCCCCAAUCCCCAAUUAGUCACUAGGGGAAGCGUCCUGGACUUUGAGGCACCCCAGAAGGGGGACUGAACUGUAGUGGCCCAACUGAAGAGCUGGGCCUGAGAGGGCGAAGACAUUGCCUCCAGGGAAGGAGCCCUGGGGCAUUCCUCUAUUCCAGAGCAGGGACAUACUGAGAGAGGCCCCUGUUGGAGUUGUACCCCGGAAGGAGUUUGCUUUGCUUUUAACAGAAACAGUGUGUGACUUGGCCAGAGGGCUGAGUCAGCGAAGACUACCACAGACAGGUAGAGAGAGAGUGCAGGUACACGCACUCGGCCAGAGGGUGCUCAUGAGAGGUGAGUGUGACCCAAUUACACUGAUACCAGAAGUGGGGAUUGUUCGGACUGUCCCCUGCAAGCAAGGGGACCGUGGAAGAGCUAUUAUCAGCUCUAGGCCAGCGGAACGUGCAAAACCCCAGAAAGCUGCCCAGCAACAACACGGAAAAACCCUGGAGCAGCUUCAACAGCAACUCCAGGAUCACCAGUCUCUUGGUUGGCAGGGAACUUGGCAUCCACGACAGCGUCCACCCAGAUGCCUCAAAGGAAAGAGUCAGCAGACCCCACCAUAGAGCGGCAGGUACUAUAGGCAAGUGGGGCAGGCGAGAUGGGUUUACCCUGAGACAAGCCAUGGUUGUAAGGCCAGACCUGGUUGCCUUGAGCGCCACCAAGACCAGUGAUGGCCAGGCUGACCAAGACACCUGGCCCGAAUUGUUGAGGCCCAGCCUAUAGUAAAGGCGGAACAGAAGACUGUUGGGACUCAGUUUAGGGCUUGGAAGGCUGCCCUAGGAACAAUUUGUUUCCAUUGCAGGGAAAUGGGCCACAUGAGAAGGUAUUGCCCUGAAAAAAACUCACUCGUGAAGGCAGUACUGGUAUUAUCAUAGACCCAGGCCUCACCCUAAUUGGCAAACCUGGGUUAGACAAGAAAGCAGAACUGGGGCCCAUAUGAUAGAAAUGGGAAAGCAGUUUUGGGGCUUGAACAACCCAUUUCCUGAAGGCAAGACUCAGCCUCCGGUCUCUGUCCUAAAGGAAGAGAACAUGGGCAAUAUACCUAAUGUGUCACAGGAACUGUGGCAGAGCUCCAGCAGGGGUCCUCAGGGCCUAGUCCACCCCGUCGCACACCUUCUCCCCUCCCCUCCCCCCCUACCCCCCCAAGAUUGAGGUCGUUUCAAGCAGUGAAAGAGAUGUCCAAGCAGCUGGGACAGACCAAGCAAGACAUAGCUGACCUUGAGAAGGCGAAGCUGUUGCUGGUGGCUGAAUGCAAAGAGUUGGCCAAGGAAAGAAAAAUAUGUCCGCCUAGGGAGAGAAACACUGGGUACGCAAGAGACGAUGGGCAGGAACCCUGUGCAGGAGAUGAGCUGAACCUAAACCUGGAGAAAGAAGUGUCCAAUAUAAAAGACAGAAGGAGUUGGAGCAUCUGCUUGUUUUGGAGAUGGAAUGCUCUGCCUACCAUCAAGACCAGUGGGCCUGUACAGAAAUAGAGGUGCAGGAGAGAGAGAUCCUCUCAUUGAGCAGAAUGCUGAAGGACAGCCGGCAACAGAAGCUGGAUCUAGAAAAAGCAUGGCAGGCCUCAGGGGAGCAGCCUACCACACUGAGAAAGUUGCUAGAGAUUAAGACCAGAGAAGUGAUCCACACCUCUGUAGGUGUGGAGGUCUGAAGCACUGAGGCAGGUCUGGAAACCCAUGAUAAGAUGGUGAGCACAGAAAGGGAGUACUAAGAGGCUUGUGUGGAUACCAGUGGGUUGGCUGAUGGGCUAGACAUCCAGAAAGACCUGAAAGGAUCGGGCAGCAGUCUAAUAAAGAAGUGGAUGUCCUGUGGCAGAAACACUAAGAUCCCAUGCACAACAGAGGCUGCAAUAAUGGCAGUAGCCCACUCAGCUACACAGCAGACCUCUACUGUAAGGGGCUGGGGUGAGCUAGAAGAGAAGGUUGCUACUGCUGAUCGGAAGUAGGCUGAAAUCCUGAAACUACGGACACAGGUUGCCCAAUACUGGCAGCAGCUGGAAGAGAUCUGCUCUUCACGGGACAGGAUUGUGCAACAAACAGUAAAACAGGAGCAAGAGCUGACCCGCCUCAGAGUGGAGAAAGAGAAGGGGGGACAGCAGUGCUUUCUGCUGCAAAAGGUCCUGCUCAAGCUCCAGAACCUGCUCAAGGUUCAGCCAGGAUCAAAGUCCAACUUGGCUGAGGAGAAUGAGCUGAAGUUGUGUGGAUCGGGGCCACUACAGAAGGACGAUGACUUGGACAAGGACAUACAUCUGCCUGCUCUGGCUCUAAAACUCCGGAAUUUUGAUGUGGCAGCAGAGCAAGGCCAGAACAGGACCUCUGCUAAAAAGAAGAGCUCUUCCCAGAGCAAAAAGGAAGCUAAAAAUGGUCCUAACCUGCUAAAUGUUUUACACACAAUAGUGUGGGUACAGAAAGAACAAAAGUGGGUAUUGCUUGGUUAUGUAUUUAAAGAAGUGGGCAGAACAAUACAGUGUCUGGUCUUUGGAAACCUGGAAGGGAUCUGAACUCAGAUAGAGAGAUCCAUAAUUCUGAAGGCUGUACAUGCAGAUGCAUCCAGAAGGACUUCUCUCCAGAUCAGGCGGCCGAGGUAAAAGAAUUUAUUUCUGGGGAAAUCCCAGCUUUGUUAACCAGCCUAGAGGCAGUAAAAGGCUUUGGUGAUCUGAACGUCGCUGUAGGGAGCCAUGGUGGCUCCCCUCCGAACCAGAGGGUAAAGAGCCACCCUCUCAGCCUGAGUGGGCGGGGCCAGACCAAGCUUACGCCAAUCCCCGGAAGGGGAGGGGUGGGACAGGAAGUACAAAGGGCGGGGCCCUUUGCCCAGUGAGGAGAGCACCAGGGAGGAGGACAGACACAGGCUGCUGGCUGCUCCCUCGCGAUCCUGCUGCUGACCCAGGGGAAGCCCUGGGCAAGGAGGAACCUGACUGGGAGGAAGGCCUGUGGCAACCAGGACUGCCAGCCGCUGAAUACCUAGAGGACCUGGAGGGGCCUGGCUGUAGCCCGGGCCAGCGUGCGUCCGACACAGAGGGGGAGCUGGAGCUGCCAGCAGCGGAAUACCCGGAUGAGCUGGAGGGACCGGAGAGACCCGCUUGAGAGACUGGGUAGGAAGUAGCCCAAGGGCAGAACUGCACCGUGGGGUGGGUGUGUUUGGUCAGCGGGCAUGGAUGGCCCCCGCUGACCCAGCGGCGGGACCUUCGCCUCCCGCCACUGACCGGGCCCUGGGCUGGAACGCAGUGGAGUUGCGUGGGCCUGAGUUCCCUUACCCCAGCCAGCCUGUUUUGGGUAGCAGAGCUGUGCGCUACAAACCCAUACUGGCGCUCCCCUGCCUGAGGGGCGUGCUGCAGACUUGUGCUGGCACACCACCUCCGCUAAUUCCCCAGCACCCGAAAGGUGUGACUAAGGCCUGCCAGUGGGACCAUAGCUCUCCAUUGCCCCCUAGGGGCUCAGAGGACCAACUGAAAGCUGUCACAGUCGCGCAUGUGGUAAAUUGACAUGCCAUUGACUACAGAGGAUUAUGUGCACCGUAUGGACUACCUACAGAAAGGGGGAAACUGUGGUGGGUAACUUCAUAUUUCUCUGGGGAAGAUAAGGAUAUCACCAGGGAUCUGGUUAAUUUACUAGUGUCAGCCACACAAGAAGUACCCCCUUGGCUAAAGAACAUGGCUAAAGGAUAACUUUGGUUGAGCCCACCUUUGUGAUAAGUUGGCUCUGAAUAGAAGGAGCUCUCAGGGAGUGUGAACAAUUAAAACCUCUCCAGAGAAAGAUGUUUGAGAGGAACCCUGACUAACUGGGGCAAUGAGAUGGUUAAAAGCUCUCCAGGUAGAAAGGCCUGGGAGAGAAGUACCCUGAGGAAGUAGGGCAAAAUUGAUAGAAGGUGUGUCACAGAGCUACUUAAGGAAGGAGCCUGAAGUGGAAAAUCUCUCCAGGCAGAGAGGCCUGGGAGGGAACCCUGACCAAAAGGGGUAGAUAUUAUAAAAGCCUCUCCAGGUAGAAAGGCCUAAGGGAGAAGACUCUGAUCCACUGGGGUACGAGACUGCCAAAUCUCUCUGUACAGAGAUGUGUGGCAGGGAAACUCUGAGAAGCUGGGGCAAAGACUACUACAGCUCCCUGGGUAAGAGAGGCCAGGGAGGGAGAGCCCUCACAAAUGGGGGCAUGUGCAAAGGAAACUCCCCAGAUAGAAAGGUUGGAGAGAGUAAAUAUCCUGCUAAACUAGGGCAAAAGAUUGGGUAAGCAGAGACAUUACAUGCAAGAGCACCACCUCAACCUUGUCUGAGGGCGGGAGGUGUGUGAUGGGUGGACUAGGCCUUGAGACCCCCUGCUAGAGGCCUUGAGGCCCUGCCACACCUCGCCCCAGAAAAGGGCAGUAGAGAGGUCCUCCCACCUGCCUAAAGCGACUGUGUGGGAAGCAGCCAAUCAGGGCCCAGUGCGUCAGUAUAAGAAGAGCUGCAGGGCCCGAGUGAGUGCAGUUCCUUGUGAGAUCUGGAGGAGAGUGAAUGGUGUUUCAGGCUAGCUGCUGGGACUCCACAAGGACCAGUCCCUGAGGUAAGGGUGAAGAAUAUGUGGGAGCCACGGGGAAGUGGCCCGGGGAAGUACAGCAGCAGCACAACUUAGCAGCUGUUGCUGUAUCCCUUUAUCUAUCUACAGGGUCCCUGGUCUGGGAUCUGGAGUAGUGGGCGGGCCCGGAUCCUCCCCAGUUAGUCACUAGGGGAAGCGUCCUGGACUUUGAGGCACCCCAGAAGGGGGACUGAACUGUAGUGGCCCAACUGAAGAGCUGGAGCCUGAGAGGGCGAAGACAUUGCCUCCAGGGAAGGAGCCCUGGAGCACUCCUCUAUUCCAGAGAAGGGACAAACUGAGAAUUACAGAGGGCACUGAGAGAGGCCCCUGUUGGAAUUGUACCCCAGAAGCAGUUUGCUUUGCUUUUAAUACACAGACAGACGGUGGAGGGCUGAGUCAGCGAAGACUGCCACAAACAGGAAGAGAAAGAGUGCAGGCACACACACUCGGCCAGGGGGCGCUCAUGAGAGGUGAUUGUGACCCCCUUACAGGCUCGGCUAACCAGGUUUCAAAUGCUGCCUCUCUUGUCAGAAGGCUAUUGUCAUCAGCGAUGGCCACUCUAAGUGUAUCUGUUGCUUGGGAGAGUCCCAUAUCUGCCAAAAAUGUAACUUUUGCCUGGCUCUAAAAUCUAGAGCUUGCAAAAAAUCAGGAGACCAAACUGGAGAUGCUGAUGAGGAAGGAUGCCCUUCAACACGCUUCUGAGUCAGAUCAGGAGACAUCGCCCCUUCCCCCCGUACAUCUUUCUCCGGACAGAUCCAAUGCCCCUUUGACUUAGGCUAAGGUCACCUAAGAAGGGGAAGAUCUCAGAGGACUCAGGAAAAGCUCAGAAGAGGAGGAGCUUGGGCUCCCGCCAUGAGGAGCCAGCUCCCAAGAAGUCCUGAUCUCCUGUAGAUCUGUGGUGUUGGAGUGCUCAGCCUCUGAACUUGGUCCUCUGGAGGUGAAAGACUCUUCUACCAGUACUGGCAGAGCAGGGAGAUCCCAGAGCAUUCUGAAGAAACACGGAGCUGGCAGGGCCCCACUACCAUCUACCUCCAUAUCAGCACCAUUUAUUUCAGACCUACCAAUAGUGCCUUCCCACUCAGCUCCAUCAGUAAUGACAAAAUCGAAGCACACACCUGUGCCCCUGGCUCCUUCUCACUUCAAACCAGCCGUUCCACCCAAGUCAACUGCUCCAUCAGUACUAACCCACUCAGUACUGCAGGAAUUCCAUUACUCCAGGGACUUGACAUGUCAGUGUUAGGUGAACCAGAGUCCUUACUGUUUAUGGGUACUGAACAACUCUUGGUCCUGAGACCCCGGUCUGUGGAUUACCAGUGCUUCCUAGUACUGCAGGAUUCUCUUCCCUUUUCUAUUGGAGGCCCCCUAUUGGAGGACAUUGAGGGAGGAUGAAGGCGACUUUCAGCUAAUCAGUGCGGGGCUUCCUUCCGCACCCAUUACAGGAUCCUUGGUUGGCGUAUUGGUAACAGUUUGCUAGACAUCUGUCUUUAUUAUACUAGGAGAAUAGGGCCACACAAACCCCCCAAAUGAGGAGAACUUUGAGGAACAGGAAGAUAGGGUAGACUAAGAGGCUACCCCUCAAACCUCAAUUUUGCCUUCAUCUCACGACAAAGCAGUCAUGCCUCCAUCACCAUCAGUGGCUAACUAUUUUCUCCAGUUCUAGGACCUUGGGAAGAGAGUGGCUGACAUCCUGCAGAUACUUCUUGAGGAGGUUAGACUCGUAUCACAAGAUCCUGGACAUUUUGCAGUUGGUAACACCCAGCAAGCACUCCUGGAUCCAGCAAAGUCUGCGUGGCAAAGUCCUGCCACUAUCCUGCCAACUUGUAAACAUGCAGAUAAAAAGUAUGUGUGCCUGUUCUUCCCCAGGUAAAAGUUCCUAGGGUUGUUAUGGAGAUACUAAAGGAUAUGGAUAUAACCUUCCAAUAAAGUAAUUGACACAGGCAGUAUUUUUUCCAAAACUAAGUAUCUCAGGGAUUUUGUGCUUUAGUUAGAAUUUUUGAGACACAAAUCCCUUAUUGCAAGUUAAAGAGCACUUAGAAUCACUUGAACUAUAUAUGCUAUUGUAGUUUAAGUGAAGCAAUUUGUUGCAAGUGGCCAGUUUGCUACAAAUUGCUGACAGCAGAUCUUAAAUUGCUUUAAAGUUUACAUAAGUAAAAUAUAAUUAAAACACACACACAUUUCAAAUGUGCACAUACUACCUCUGUAUAUUAUCCUAUACUAUACUUUUACUAAACUAUAAUUAAAAAGAAUAUUAAGCUUA